GAAAACCAGGAAGCUAUUGAAGUUUUUUAUUUUACAGUUAGUGGAUUCUUCUUUUGAAUGUUUGGAUACAGAUACUAAUGACGAGGAAGAUUUGAAGUCCAUUUGAUUCCUUCCUGUUUGUUCUAAGAAGUAGCCAUUGGAGGUGUUUCGAGUCUCUGUGUUUAAUAUGGAGGAAUUCGGAGGAGAAGAAGUAAUUAAUUUCUCGCUGAUUAAAUAGUAUGGAUUCAAACAACGUAAGUGGUUUAGUUAAAAAUUUCACUAAAGUUCUUCGCUUUAGAACAACUACAAAUGGAGUUGGAUCUAAAGAGAGAAUAAAAAAGAGCAAAUUUCAAGAUAAACCCAAUAAGGAUUCAGCUUUUGUUGUCACUGGUACUCAAUCAUUUGAAGAUGACAAAGAUGAGAAAGUUAAAAUCAAAGCUUCAAUUGAAGCUCUACUUUCGAAACUUUUUGCUAGUAUUUCUGCCAUUAAAGCUUCUUAUGCUCAAAUUCAGAUAUCUGAAUCUCCUUAUGAUCCUGAUGGUAUUCAAUCUGGUGAUGAAUUGGUUAUCAAUGAACUAAAAAAUCUAUCUGAACUAAAGCAGAGUUAUUCGAAGAAAGUAAUCGAUUCGUCUCCUCAAGUUACUAUGUUAUUAGCUGAAAUUCAAGAACAACAGUCUCUCUUAAAGACAUAUGAUAUCAUGAGUAAGAAAUAUGAGUCCCAAUUGAAGCUUCAAGAUUCUGAGAUUACAUUCCUUAGAGAGAAAUUGGAAGAAUCUGAUGAGUUAAAUAGGUCAAUUGAACAGAGAUUAAACCCUAAAGGACCUUUAUCAGUUCUUGAUAAUCUUCAUCUUGAUGACUUAAACCCUACUCGUUUUAUUACAGUUCUUCGGCAUACCAUUAAAUCGGUUCGGAUCUUUACUAAGUUGAUGCUUGAAGAAAUGGUAACUUCUGGUUGGGAUAUCGACGCAGCAGCCAAUUCGAUUCAGCCAGGUUCGGUUUAUCUGAAAUCCAAUCACAAAUGUUUCGCUUUCGAAUCAUUUGUAUGUAGAAUUAUGUUUGAUUGUUUCCAGUAUCCCAACUUUGCUUUAUUCAAAGAAUCUCUAGCUGAACAAAAACAACAGAAUCUUCAAUUCUUUCAGACUUUCAUGGAUUUCAAAGAGCAAUCUCCGCAAGAAAUUCUAAGGCUGAAUUCAACGUUUAGGAAGUUUUUACGUGUCAAGUACUUGGACGUGGUUCAUCCAAAGAUGGAGUUUUCAUUCUUCGGUGAUAUGAAUCAGAGAAAUCUUAUAAACUCCGGGAGGUACCCCGAAACGAAAUUCUUUACUAAGUUUCUCGAAAUGGCAAAGAUGGUUUGGCUUUUACAUUGUCUUGGCUUUUCAUUCAAUCCUCAGGCUUCAAUAUUUCAAACAAGAAAAGGUUGUAGAUUCUCGGAAGUCUUCAUGGGAAGUGUAAAUUUGGACGAGUCUCACUCUCAUCUUGGGAACCCUCGGGUAUCAUUCACUGUUGUUCCCGGAUUCAAGAUUGGUAAAACCAUAAUUCAGUGCCAGGUUUAUCUAUCAGUUGGGUAAAUUCAUAUGACAAAAAUUACUCUAACCAAGGAACAUCAUCGUGAAAGAGUACACACGUGAAAUUUAUGUGACUGCUGAUGCUCUGUGAAUUCAGAGUUUUGCUAGAGGAUGUACUGUUGUGUACUGAAAACUGAAAAGCUGAUAGUCAUCUUUGCUGUUUUCCAGAGGGAGAAAGAAUCAUCAUCGUCAUGAGUUUGGGAGUGCGAAGAUAUUUUUCUGAUGGACAUUUUUCUUAAUACAAGUAGAAUAGUGACAGAGUUGGGUAAUUUCCGUGAGAAUAGUGCAAUCUUUUGGCGACCAUUUCAUGUAAAAGUAUCUUGUAUAUAUGUGUUUGAAAUAAGUUAAUGAAAUCCUAAGAAUUAUGCAGUGCACUA